AUGGCAGAGAACUGUGGAUGCCCUGCCCCCUCGCGCCCCAACUUCCUGCUGCUCUUGGCCGACGACCUGGGCCUGGGCGACCUGGGCAGCUUCGGGAACCGCAGCCUGCGCACCCCGCACCUGGACGGCCUGGCCCGGGACGGCGUGCGGCUGACCCAGCACCUGGCGGCAGCGUCCGUCUGCAGCCUGAGCCGUGCGGCCUUCCUGACGGGACGCUACCCUGUGCGCCUGGGCAUGGUGACCACCAACGGGGCGCGCGUGCUGCAGUGGGCAGCCGUGUCGGGCGGGCUGCCCACCUCCGAGAUCACCUUCGCCAAGAUCCUGCAGGAGCAGGGAUACGCCACCGGCCUCAUAGGCAAAUGGCACCUGGGCCUCAACUGUGAGUCCCCCACUGACCACUGCCACCACCCCCUGAACCACGGGUUUGACUCCUUCUUCGGGGUCCUCUUCACCCUGAUGGGGGACUGCUUGCAAGCGGAGCCCUCGGAGAAGCGAGCGCGUCUGCAAGGGCCCCUGGACCUGGGGGCGCAGCUGCUGCUGCUUUCCCGGCUCUGCCUGGACUCUGGGAAGCUCACGGGCCUGCUGGGCCUGCGCUGGGUGCCCUGGGUGCUGGGCCCUGUAUGUGGGGCCUUGCUCCUGGCCUGCACCUCCCGCCUCCUGGGUGUCUUCAUCGUCCAUGCCGACUGCUUCCUGAUGAGGGAUCACCAGGUCAUCCAGCAGCCUCUGAGGUUUGAGGCCAGCGCGGGGCUCUUCUUGCGGGAGGCUGAGGCCUUCAUGCACAGGCACCAGGCCAGCCCCUUCCUCCUUCUCGUCUCCUUCUUCCACAUCCACGUCCCGCUGGUCACCUCACCUGCCUUCCGGGGCGGCAGCGCGCACGGCGCUUACGGCGACAACGUGGAGGAGCUCGACUGGAUGGUGGGGCGACUGCUGGCAGCGCUGGACGGCGCGGGGCUGGGGCGCCGUACCCUCGUCUACUUCACGUCUGACCACAGUGCCUCGCUGGAGGCCCAGGGCUGGGGCGCCCGCCUCGGGGGUUCCAACAGCAUGCACCGAGGUGGCAAAGGCAUGGGCGGCUGGGAGGGCGGCGUCCGGGUCCCUGGGCUGGUGUGCUGGCCUGGGACGCUGCCCGCAGGGCGCCUGGUGCCUGAGCUCACCAGCCUCAUGGACCUGUUCCCCACCGUGGUGCGCCUGGCCCGGGGCUGGGUUCCGGUGGACAGACGCCUGCACAUCCAGGUCUCUGAGGGCUCAGAAGCCUGCACAUCCGGGUCUCUAAAGGCUCAAGCCUUGACAUCCAAGUCUCUGGGAUCUCUGGCCUGCACAUCCGGGUCUCUGGGGGCUCUGGCCUGCACAUCCAGGUCCCGCAGGGAGGUGGAAGGCCGGGACCUGAUGCCCGCGCUGCUGGGGAUGGCGCAGGCCGCAGGCCAUGACUUCCUGCUGCACUACUGCGAGGCCCGGCUGCACGCCGUGCGCUGGUUCAACCACCCAAGUGAGUGCCUUGACCUCCGCUGGGCCCCGGGGCGGGGGAGGGAGCUGCAUGCAUGCGUGCAGGGACCCGGAUGCAAGGCCUGGAGGUGGGAGACUUGGAUGUGGGAAUCCCCGGAUGUGGGAAUCCUGGGAUGUGAGGACCUGGAUGGAAGGCAUGAGAUGGGAAUCCCCGGAUGUAAGGUCCCGGAUGUGAAGUCCCCGAUGGGAAUUCCCGGAUGUGAGGUACUGAAUGAGAAUCCCUGGAUGUGA